AUGAACCGCGUGUUCAUGGACUAUCUAGAUGCAUUUGUCCUCUUUUUCAUCGAUGACCUCCUCAUCUACUCGCCGGAUCUGCAAACACAUGAGGAGCAUCUGUGGAAGAUAUUGCGGAGACUAAGGGAGAAACUACUGUAUGCAAAGUUCAGUAAUUGCAGCUUUUGGUUACAGGAGAUUAGAUUCCUGGGACACGUGGUAUCGACCCAUGGCAUUCAGGUCGAUCCGACCAAGAUCGAGACCGACAUGGAAUGGCAGUCCCCGACUUCUGCUUCGGAAGUCAGGAGCUUCUUGGGACUUACCUCGCUCACCAUCUAUAUCGGCGUAAAAGAGAGGGAUCCAUGGUAUGCGGACUACGUGAAUUUUAUUGUCAGUGGCUAUAUCCCUCGGGAGUUGGACUACAACGGGAGGAAGAGGUUCUUCAGAGACAUCAAGGACUAUUUUUGGGAAGAGCCAUAUACCUCUUCAAGAGAGAGAACGGGGAACAUCUCUCGCCGCCACGAGAUGCCUCAACACUACAUCUUGGAAGUUGAGCCCUUUGAUUUUUUGGGAAUAGACUUCAUGGGACGGUUCCCAUCUUCUUAUGGGAACCAAUACAUCCUCGUGGCGGUCGAUUAUGUCACUAAGUGGGUAGAAGCGAUGUUCAUCAACCGCACCAUAGAAGCUCUUUUGAAGUAUGGUGUGAGACAUAAGGUGGCUACCCCGUAUCACCCUAAGACGAGCGGGCAAGUUGAAGUCUCGAAUAGGGAGAUCAAGGCGAUACUUGAGAAGACGGUGUCAAGGUCAAGGAAAGAUUGGGCAUCCAAGCUUGAUGAUGCUCUAUGGGCGUAUAGGACAGCCUUCAAGACACCCAUCGGUAUGUCUCCCUUUCAACUUGUCUAUGGGAAAGCUUGUCACUUGCCGGUUGAGCUUGAGUACAGGGCAUAUUGGGCGAUUAAGAAGCUGAGUUACGAUUGGAAAUCCGCUGCGGAGAAGCGAGUGUUGCAGCUUCACCAACUCGAUGAGAUUCGGUUGGACGCCUACGAGAAUGCCCGAAUUUACAAGGAGAAAACUAAGAGAUGGCAUGAUCGUCGGAUUUUGCAGAGGGAUUUUAGAGAAGGUGAUCAGGUACUUCUCUUUAACUCAAGGCUCAAACUAUUUCCAGGCAAGUUGAGAUCGCGUUGGUCGGGGCCUUUCACGGUUAUGCACGUCUACCCUCAUGGAGCGAUACAAUUAUAUGGUUAUGGAGGGGAUACAUUCAAGACCAACGCGCAAAGGCUGAAGAUUUACAACCCCGGGGAUUUCACUUGA